AUGGCUCAGCGCAAGCAGAACCAGUGCAUCGGUGAUCUUCAGGAGAAAGCGUUCACGCAACCUGACGGCUCUCAGCCAGAAGGAUUUGCCAGUGGAGUAGAACAGAUUAUUCUUGGAGCUGGACCAGUGCUUGAGGCUUUUGGAAAUGCAAAGACAGCACACAAUAACAACUCCAGUCGUUUUGGCAAGUUUAUUCAAGUAAAUUACCAGGAGACAGGCACUGUGCGGGGGGCUUACGUUGAAAAGUAUCUACUGGAGAAGUCUAGACUAGUUUAUCAGGAGCACAACGAACGGAACUACCAUGUAUUUUAUUACCUUCUCGCAGGAGCGAGUGAAGAAGAGAGGUUGGCAUUUCACCUUAAAAAACCUGAGGAGUAUCAUUACCUCAACCAGAUGACAAAGAAACCCCUCAGACAGAGCUGGGAUGAUUGUUACUAUGACUCUGAGCCGGACUGCUUCACUGUAGAGGGUGAGGAUCUGAAACAUGACUUCGAACGCUUACAGCUGGCCAUGGAGAUGGUGGGAUUUCUUCCAAAGACCCGCAGACAAAUUUUCUCUCUUCUGUCUGCAAUACUGCACCUGGGGAACAUUUGUUAUAAAAAGAAGACCUAUCGGGAUGACUCAAUAGAUAUUUGUAACCCUGAAGUACUGCCCAUUGUCUCAGAGUUGCUGGAAGUGAAAGAAGAGAUGUUAUUUGAAGCAUUAGUUACCAGGAAGACAGUAACAGUGGGAGAGAAGUUUAUUUUGCCAUAUAAACUAGCAGAGGCGGUAACAGUAAGGAACUCGAUGGCAAAAUCCUUAUAUAGUGCCCUGUUCGAUUGGAUUGUUUUUCGCAUUAAUCACGCGCUAUUGAAUACAAAAGAUUUGGAGGAAAACACAAAGACCUUGUCUAUUGGAGUACUUGAUAUCUUUGGAUUUGAAGAUUAUGAAAGCAACAGCUUUGAGCAAUUUUGCAUUAAUUUUGCUAAUGAAAGUUUACAGCACUACUUUAAUCAACAUAUCUUCAAACUGGAACAGGAGGAGUACCUAGCUGAAGGAAUCAGCUGGCACAACAUAGACUACAUCGAUAAUAGUAGUUGCAUAAAUCUUAUCAGCAAGAAACCAACAGGACUCCUCCAUCUACUGGACGAGGAAAGCAAUUUUCCACAAGCCACAAACCAGACACUACUGGACAAGUUUAAGCGCCAGCAUGAGGGAAACUCUUACAUCGAAUUUCCAGCCGUGAUGGAGCCUGCCUUUAUCAUAAAGCAUUAUGCUGGCAAAGUGAAAUAUGGUGUGAAGGAUUUCCGAGAGAAAAACACAGACCACAUGCGCCCUGACAUUGUAGCACUCCUAAGAAGCAGCAAGAACGCCUUUAUCUGUGAGAUGAUAGGGAAUGAUCCAGUGGCUGUCUUCCGCUGGUCAAUUCUGAGAGCUUUUUUCAGAGCCAUGGUUGCUUUCAGGGAAGCUGGAAAGCGAUAUGUUGAGAAGAAAACCGGGCAUGAUGAUGCAGUGCCAUGUGCCGUUUUGAAAAGUGUGGAUAGUUUUAGCUUUCUCCAUCACCCAGUCCAUCAGAGGAGCUUAGAGAUCCUGCAAAGAUGCAAAGAGGAGAAGUACAGUAUUACCAGGAAAAGUCCCAGGACUCCUCUGUCUGAUCUACAAGGUGUGAACACUAUUAUUGAAAGAACCCAACGUGAUACUUACGGCAUUGGCUGGAAUGGCAGGCCAGGAAUCCGGCAGAGCAGGUUGGCAGUUACUAGCUCCUUGCUCGAUAAAGAUGGAAUAUUUGUUAAUUCAACCAACAGCAAGCUCUUGGAGAGAGCCCAUGGAAUUCUCAUGAGAAAUAAGAACUUUAAAGCCAAACAUAUUCUUCCAAAACACUUACUAGAGGUGAAGUCUUUAAAGCAUCUCACCAACCUGACACUACAGGAUCGCAUCACCAAGUCUCUUCUUCACCUGCAUAAGAAAAAGAAACCACCCAGCAUUAGUGCCCAAUUUCAGGUCUCCUUGAACAAACUGAUGGAGACGUUGGGUCAAGCCGAGCCUUAUUUUGUCAAAUGUAUUCGAUCCAAUGCUGAAAAGUUACCCUUGAGAUUCAGUGACAGCUUGGUGCUUAGGCAACUGCGAUACACAGGAAUGCUGGAGACCGUUCGAAUUCGGCAAUCUGGAUACGGCUGCAAAUAUUCCUUUCAGGAGUUUGUGGGACAUUUCCAUGUUCUUCUUCAGAGGGGCACCAUUCCGUCCAAAUCGAAUAUCCAAGCUUUCUUCAGGAAAAUAGAAACUGAUCCAGAUAAUUACCAAGUUGGAAGGACAAUGGUAUUCCUGAAGGAGCAAGAGCGUCAGCACUUACAGGGCAUGCUGCAUCAGGAAGUGCUCUGCAGGAUCAUCCUGCUGCAGCGAUGGUUCCGGGCAGUGAUCCAGAGACAGCAUUUCCUCAACCUGAAGCGGGCAGCCAUCGUCAUCCAGAGAUAUUGGCGCAAUUACCAGAGUAGAAAGCAAGCGGAUAUUGAAGGCUUCCAGACGGAUACUGUUGCCCUCAACAAUGCAGCGAUAAUUCUCCAAUCCUCCUGGCGUGCUUACUUGGAGAGGAGAAGGUACUUGCAGAUCCAGGCCGCAGCCUCCAUCAUCCAAAAUAGCUGGAGACGAUACAGUAGACGCAGGCAUGCUGCAGCCACCCGCAUUCAAGCUAGGUGGAGAGGCUUUUGGGAAAGCAGACUCUAUAGGGAGCAAAGGAACAAAAUCAUCCUGUUGCAAGCUGCAUUUAAAGGAUAUGAAGUUCGGAAAAGAUUUAAAACUUCAAGUGGUCUAAGAUUAAAAGAUGUUAAUUUGGAAAAUGGAUUGAAAAUCAAAGAGAACGAAUUGGAAACAGAUGAAGUUUUGGAGAUUAAAGGUUCCGAUCCAUCAGAAUGGGAGGAUGGUUCCUUUGAAGAGAGAGUGAAAGCCGUAGCAGAACAUAAAUCCGUGAUAGAGAGUAGUCGGGUGAGCCAUCCUGACUCAUUGGACAGUUCUGAAGACUUACUAUAUAAGGGACAGGAGAGAGCCAGUAGCCAGAGUGGCAUGGACGUGGAUCAAGAUGUGGUUGUUCGGGAAAGGCCCAAAUCCCUAGAAGACCUCAACCAGAAAAAGGUGGGCCGAGCAAAGAGAGAGAGCCGAAGAAUGCGGGAACUGGAGCAAGCAAUAUUCAGCCUAGAACUGCUCAAGGUCCGUUCCAGUAGCGGAACCUCUCCCUCGGAAGAGCGCAGGUGGUCCACGGAGCUGGCGUCUGAGGGCCUUCAUUCCCCGCAAGGGACCCCUGAGAGUGAAAGCUCUCAGGGCAGCUUGGAACUUUUAAGCUGUGAGGAGAAUCUGAAGAGUAAACCUGAUCCUCUAAUUUCAGACGAGAGGGGCGUACAGAGCCCCUCAGCCAAGACCCAGAAUUCGUUAUCGAGCAGUCCGAAUUUUAACUUGCAAGACGAUGCCAUCGGUGCAACUGAUUUUAAUCGAAAUGCAUUUAGGAGGAGAAGGACAUCUUCAGGUUCUGAGUUUCCAGAGAGUUCUUUGAAGGAAAAGACAGUCUCUGAUUCUCCAGCCAUUACCUAUAGGCCACACCUAAGAGACACUUUCUUUUCAAACAGUCUGCCUACUUUCUACAUACCCCCACAGGACCACCUGAAAACAAACCAAGGUCUGAUGGAGAAUAACCUGAGAAACAAGCAGAUGAGAAAUGUUGAAAGGCCAGGUACGGUUCUGGCCAUGCAUUCAGGGAGUGGGACCGAAAAGUUUCACAAGGCAGAGGAAGGUCACUUUGCUGUUUCACUGAAUACAAAUUCACUCAGUACUGAUGUUAGAAAGCUGGAACAGCUGAACAUUGAGAAGGAAGAAAGGCAAAAGCAAAUACAGCAGCAGAAUGAAAAGGAGAUGAUGGAACAGAUUCGUCAACAGAAGGACAUUUUGGAGAAAGAGCACCCACCUCAGCUACCGUUUGAAAAGCAACAUGGGAAAGGGGAGACUUCGAGGACAGUGUCGCUCAAGCCACAGAAGAAGGGAGCAGAUAGACCCCAGUCUCUCCUUAUCUUAAACACUCAGAGCAGAGGAGACUAUAACGUGCCAGUGCCAAAAUCAGUCGAUAUUAAAGGCCUCACCGUUGCCAAGAAAGGAAGCCCCCCUUCUCAUCUAGCGCAAAAGGACAGGCCCUCUAGCAUGUUCUUUGAGAGACAAGAAAGUCAGCACCAACCUAGCGCUGCCCAGGAACUGGCCAAAACGGACCACUGGAGCACUAAAUUGAAUGUAGAUUCCAAGGAUUUCUCCAGCAGCCAUCUCUCAAAGCCUGAGCAGCUCAGGCAGAUGCAGUUUCACAGCCACAGCUUCGAUGGCUCUUUAAACAAGGGAAAAGCAUCUGACAUUUUCUUCACUCCAAAAGAUAACCGUUUUGGCCUUCCCAACUUCAACAGAGAAUCUUUAACCCAAGGAAAUCAACCCCAUACAAAGGACGAAUUAUCUAGGAAACACUUGAAGAUGGCUGGGCCAGGCAGAGGAGAGCAGGUUGCCAGACCGGCCCAUAAAAAGAAAGCUCGCAUGGCGCGGACGCGCUCCGAUUUCUUGACUAGAGGUACUUUUGCUGAUGGGGAGGGGGAUACGGAGGAAGAUGAUUACGAUGACAUUAUUGAGCCCCUUCUCCCCCUUGACCAACCUUCUCACCCUGAGCCAGGGCCUUCAGCCAGACUUGGGCAGGCCUAUCACAGUGACUCCGAAAUGACUUUACAGCGCUUUGCAUCUGCUGAUGGACCAACAAAGCUCCACAAAACAAUGUCUCAAGGAGAGAUUGGGAAGUUGUCAAGUGUACAUAAGACUCCAGCUACAGAUGGAAGGCCUCAGAAAACAAAGAUGAGAUUCUGGGCAAAGGGAAGACAUGGGGAAAAAAAGGCUUCUAGAGAGAAGCUUGCUACCCAGUCAGAGCUAUUGGAGCUGCAUGCAGACCAAGAACCAGAAGACAUAGAUAAAGCCCCAGGUUUUCAGUUUAAUGAAGAAAUAGGUCAGCACCACCUGACUCCCCCUAAGAGUCCUGAACUCCCUGGAAACUGCAGAAAAGAGUUCAAAGAAAACAAAGAGCCAUCUCCUAAGGUGAAGCGCAAACGAAGUGUGAAGAUCAGUAAUGUUGCUCUGGAGUCCAUGCAAUGGCAGAGCGACUCUGUCCAGAUUAUAACCAGUGCCAGUGACUUGAAAAGCAUGGAUGAGUUUCUUCUGAAAAAGAUGAAUGACCUAGACAAUGAAGACAGCAAGAAAGAUACCCUGGUGGAUGUUGUGUUUAAGAAAGCACUGAAAGAAUUUCGGCAGAACAUCUUCAGUUUUUAUUCAUCUGCAUUGGCGAUGGAUGAUGGGAAAAGCAUUCGGUAUAAAGACCUAUAUGCACUAUUUGAGCAGAUUCUGGAGAAGACUAUGAGACUUGAACAGAGAGAUUGGAGUGAAUCACCAGUCAAAGUCUGGGUCAACACAUUUAAAGUAUUUCUUGAUGAAUAUAUGACAGAAUUCAAGCCUAUGGAAUGCACUAGCACCAAGAUUCCAAAAGCAGAAAGAAAGAAGAGAAGGAAAAAAGACACUGAUGUUGUGGAAGAAUACAAUGGCCAUAUCUUCAAGGCCACCCAGUAUAGUAUACCUACCUACUGUGAGUACUGUUCCUCCCUGAUAUGGAUAAUGGACAAAGCUUCCGUAUGCAAACUUUGCAAGUAUGCUUGCCAUAAGAAGUGCUGCCUUAAAACCGCAACCAAGUGUUCUAAAAAGUACGAACCAGAGCUUUCGUCUCGGCAGUUUGGAGUCGAACUGUCCCGGUUGACGAAUGAAGAGCGUACGGUUCCCGUUGUGGUGGAGAAGCUCACAAACUACAUAGAGAUGCACGGGCUGUAUACCGAGGGAAUUUACCGCAAGUCUGGCUCAACUAAUAAAAUCAAAGAGCUGCGGCAUGGUCUAGAUACAGAUAUCGACAAUGUGAAUCUAGAUGACUACAACAUUCAUGUCAUUGCGAGUGUAUUCAAACAGUGGCUAAGAGAUUUGCCCAAUCCUCUCAUGACUUUUGAGCUCUAUGAGGAAUUUCUCCGAGCUAUGGGCCUACAGGAAAGGAAGGAGAUCAUCCAAGGAGUGUACUCUGUAAUCGAUCAACUCUCCCGCACCCACCUCAACACCCUGGAACGGCUCGUCUUUCAUCUUGUCAGGAUUGCCCUGCAGGAAGAGACCAAUAGGAUGUCAGCUAACGCCUUGGCCAUUGUCUUCGCUCCCUGUAUUCUCCGCUGCCCAGACACCAUUGACCCUCUGAAGAGUGUUCAGGACAUUAGUAAAACAACCACCUGUGUGGAGCUCGUUGUCACAGAACAAAUGAAUAAAUACCGAGCUCGUCUCAAGGACAUCGAUAGUCUGGAGUUUGCUGAGAACAAAGCGAAGAGCAGGCUGUCCCUGAUUCGCAGAUCAAUGAAACCUGUACUAAUUGCAGUUAGAUUUAUGAGCAUAACCCGCAAUUCAAUCCCGGGGAAAGGGCGUCUUCGCCGGGCAAGCAACCCGAGCCCGUCCUCCCCAGGGGCGGUCCGGUUGCCCUCCGUGACCGACGUCCCCGAAGAGAGCGUCAGCAGCGAGGAGGCAAUGGACGUGGAGGUCACAGAACAGCAGCAGGCGGCUAUGCAGAGGGAGGAGCGGGUGCUGACUGAACAGAUUGAGAGCCUGCAGAAAGAGAAGGAGGAGCUAACUUUUGAGAUGCUGGCACUGGAGCCCCGAGCCUCUGACGAUGAAACACUUGAAUCUGAAGCCUCCAUUGGCACCGCCGACAGUUCUGAAAAUCUGAACUUUGACUCUGAAGGCGCCGUCUCAGAUAGAUCAGAGAGAAGUUUAACGAGAGACAAGUUUACCAGGGCCGAACCUUCGAACAAGUUGAGACGGCAGCUGAAAAAGCAGCAGGACUCUCUGGACUCAUUGGACUCUUCAGUCUCUUCCCCAUCACCGUCUCACACUGCCUCCUCCCAUGUGACCAGGAAGCGAUUCCAGAUCUAUUCCAAAUCCCCCUUCUACCGAGCGGCCUCCGUCGGUGACCCCCCCGAGCUGAGACUGGGGACGGAAGGGUCCUCGGGACAGUCGAGAGCUCUAGAAGAGAGGCCUCAGUUUAUCAGCCGAGGGACCUUCAACCCGGAGAAGGGCAAGCAGAAACUGAAGAAUGUGAAAAACUCACCCCAGAAAACCAAAGAGCCCCCUGAAGGGGCUGCUGGGGCGGGCCACAAGGGAAAUGCUGGUGCCGACUGCAGUUCCACUCAGCAGCUAGUUCUCUUUGGAAGCAAUGAAUUCAUGGUCUGAAUCCGUUUCCCCUUUCCCCGUUCCCCCCCCAACCCUUUCCUCCUCUUCCCUCCCCACAGACCCGCGUCUCCAUUUCCAUAGUUUUCUGCCUGGGGUCCAAUACAAGCAAUCACUGGCUGCUUGGAUAUCCAGUUGUAGUGCCAGAGGGAAAAAGAGGCGGCAAAUAUAAGGGAAACCUGUCGGGGAAAGUUUCAGCUGUGGCCUUUGCUGUUUUUACUCUUUUGGAACUCGAAACCUGCCAGGACUUCUCUUUGAACUGGGAGUUCAAAGUUUUUCUUACAGUCUCGGGAGAGGGGCAGCGUCGCCAGCGAGCUCCGUCUCGCUCCGCGUCAGCUCCUCACCCCUCGCAACCUCAGUUCUGCCCGUCAUGGGCAGAGGAGGGGCAGGGGAAGGGAAACCGAGGCAUUUCAGGACUGUGCUCUUUGCUGGAUGGUUAGCGGUUGGGGAACCGAUCCUCAUCCUCCUCGACCGUGAAGGCAAAAGCUACAGACUUUGGUUCGGGGUAGUCGUAAGCCGGGGUUGGACGCGGAUUUUCCCAAGAACCUACCGCAAACCGAGAGACUGAGCUGGUCCUUCAGAGCUGUUUCUGAGUCACUCCGUACCGGUGUCAGGUGCAAAUGAAAAGCAAUCGGAGCAGGUCUCGAACUCCACAGGGUUAUGCAAUGAAAGAGACUCGACUGUUUAUUUUCGCGUUGUUGAUAAAAUUUCAGAAUCACCAAGUCAGUCUGACUCCUGGUUAGUUCACGCCAAAUACCCGUGCCGAAUUUUCAAUAGCCAUAAUGCGCCUGGUUCCUUCAGAGGGUAUUUUUUAAAGAGGCCUGUAGAAAUCCAAUCCUCGAGUGUCAUGGCUGCAUCCCGACCCCUCACGCUAUUCUGUUGACCAAACAAAAGGCGGUAUCUGAACCAACCUGCUGCUGACGGAAGAGGACAGGAAGGACGUUCUCAUCCCCAUCCAGACACGGUGACUGUUUUCAUCCCAUCUUCCCCGACGCGCUUGCCCAGAACCUACCUAAGUGUUACAGCAAUCUGCCGAGAGAAAUCGUUCUUUAGAAAGUGACCCAACGAAGGUUUUUCCUCUUUUUCAGAUCGUCAGUAUUACCUAGUUGAAAACCAAGCCAGGACUACUUGAAGCUAUUUUUGUUAAUAUUCUGGUUACUUAAGUUCUCUGUAAAUAGAUAGAUUGCUUUUUGGUUCAUCUUCCCCCGAGUGGGACCUUUCGCCCUAGUGAGACAGUUGGGAAGGGAGGAAGUAACAUGAGAUGAGGGGCUUGGCCCCCUCUCUUUCUCUCCCUCCUCUCCCUCUCUCUUGCUCCUUCUCUCUCUCUCUCUUGCAGGGAAAGUACAGUUGUGGCAUCGCUUAUGACUACCAGAUGGCCCCACCCCCCCUGCAGCAGCACACUUGUGAGAUUGUGAACCUGUUUUAGCUAUUUAUAUUGUGUAGGACAUUAAGGCGUGUUCACCUCACUGUAAAUGGGACACCCUUGUUUGAGAUAAGUAUGUGAAAAUGUUUCCUUUUGAAGUUCCUAUUGCAGCUCUCCGAUACCACAUGCACUGCUCUGAAACACAGGACACCCCUCCGCCCCCCGCAGCCGCCAGCCUACAGCCACGUUUGCCUGUUUGCCGAUAGCGUUGCCCCCAAACAAGCCACUAGUUAGUAAGCAACUCUGAAUCGCAUCUGUAAGGCCAGGUCAGUGAUUAUCCCGGCUCGGGGCCCCACAGGCAGGCAGGGCCACCCCCCGCAACUCGGGAUGUUUUCCCCCCACAGGUCGGGGCAGAGAAAGGAGAGCUUCAGAGCCCAGGGACAGUGACCAAAUUAGUAAACACUGGAUUUGACCUGUUAUUGGCUAGACUGGUCAGGAAAGAAGUGUUGGGGCCUAAAAGAGACUCUGGGUUAGUGUGGCCACUCAGUCGUUAGGUUACGUGCCAAAUCUCUGGUCCCGGAGCAAAAGGACAUUCACUGCAUCCUUGAGUGGGUGGUGUGCCCUCCCUCCUUCCCCUACCACCCUUCACACUGUGUGGGAACAGUAGAAGCUUGUUCAACGUGGGAGGAAUCUGGGCUCCUUGCAUUACUUCAGUUCUGCAGUAGAUUUCCACCCUCUCUUGGCCCUCCCCUUUAAUUUCCCCUAGCAGUUGAAUACUGUAGCAAAAACUGAGUCCCAUUAAGUUGUCUAUAUGUAAUUAUUCCUCCUUUUAGACCUUGACCAAUCACCCGGAGUUGGCGUUCUGGUGUGCGGGUAUUCUGUCGGAAGCCAAAUUUCUUUAAGAUAUUUUCUGCAAUUUAAAAAAAAAUCUGAUAGCUCACUGCUAGUAACUAGAGUUACAAAGCAAUUAUAUUUGAAAUUUCUCAGGGAACUCAAACCUGAUAUGGAUUAAUUAGUACAUCUAAACCAACUUCAUCUACAUUGUUAGGCCUGGGCAGUUCUAGUCAUUUUAUGCAUCAGUCAGAAUCUACAGGAUGAUGGGGUUUUGAGGGUUUGUUAGUAAGUAUGGCUAUGGGAGUAUUUUAAUUUAAAAAAACAACCACAUACAAGUCACAGCAUAACACGUGGUGUCUACUGGGAGGGGGCAUUUAUGAAAUGGUAACAAUCAGAAAGGUUUAGCCAGAAGUAAAUCCAUCAGCUCCUUAUCUAAUUUUUUCAGUAAAGGUCCUGGGUCCAAUUUCAAAUCUAAAUACCUCAACCUAAUCCAUCCCUUCAAAUAUUAAAGAGUCGCAUAAUUUGCUUGUCCAUAUUGGACUGAAAAUUUCAGUCCUUUGGUUCUUUUAAAGAUUAGGAAACUCAAUUUGCAUAAAACAUGAGUAAGUGAUUCUCCUUAGAUUCCCUUUUGCAUUUUCUGUUUAACAGUUCAAGAAUCUAAUUGGAAGUGGGUCAGCAGGCUUGCUGCAUAAGGACUGAAACUCAAGCUUGUCGUUCUCCUUCCCAAAUCCCCCUUGGCUUUCUUGCACGGUGCCCUUAGCGGACCCCGGCAGUAAAAAUACAGUAAGCUUCUGGAAAUCUGAUCCGUGGAUCAGAUCGUAACUGCAAACAUCAUUCUAGGAGUUGAGAAAUAUAAAUUUGUAACUCGCCUCCUAUUCCAUUUACUUUCUUCUGGGGCUUUUAGUGUUGAAUUUUUGAGCUAGUGUUGAAGCUGCCAAAGAGGAUUUGGGAGAAAAGUUUUACAGUGAUGGAGGUUUUUAUUAGACGGAAAUAGAUUACCUUUAAUAGUGUCCAUAUGAGGUGUGGAAGAAGAGAAGCGCAGGAGCUGGGGGAGGCACCUCUCAACUCCCCACAGUUUUCGCUUCCCAGAGAGUGCGAUUCAGCUGCCUGAAAGGGUAGAGCUGAGAUGGAAGGAAGGGCUCCUGCCAGCUCAGGGUAUGAAGGUGGAAGGGGAGGGGAAGGGCAGGAGGUGGGGUGGGAGGAACUCGUUACUCGGAAAGUUUUCUGAGGUGAAGGUGGUACAGCCCCACGUGAUCAAGUUGGGUCACAUUUUUGGGGGGUUGGGGGUGGGGGCACGUUCUUGAUCCUUUCAUGUCUUUUCACGGGCAUAUUUAGUCUCCUGUUAGAAGCCAGAUGCACACCUACUGUAGGGAUGGGGAAGCAUUUCUCCACGUUGUUUGGCUCUCCACCUCAUUGAACAUCUUUUCCAUACUCAGAUUAUUCGCGUUUCAGAACUCCCCGCCAUACAGAAACUCACUUGGGCAAAAUCCUUUGGGACCAGAAGGUCUGUCCUUGGGAUGGCCUCCACGUGCCUCCACCGUUCCUGUUUUUCAUCUAGAAACUCCUCCACUCAUCGCUUUCAGCCCUGAAGGGGAACAGUGAGAUGGUUUUAAUGGGUCCAGAUUGGUGUAGGUUAUUUAAUAUUCACAUUUCGACCACAGGCAUCGGGAAAAAAAGUCUCUUAAGCUCCCCGUCCACUUUUCAACCCGAUGCCUGUUUUCCAGUCCUCUCUCAAGUAGGUAAGCAAAUAGGUUCUCAGCUAGGAUGCACCCCUUGUACCAAGUGAAUGUACUUACUACGGGAAAGGGCAUGGACUGCGUAUUAUUGUUAUUAUAUUAUUUUUAAUGGAUUUUUUAAGUAAUUUAUAAGUAUGCUGAGUGUAAAUUAAAAGAACAACAAAGUAUGUAUUGUAAAAGGAUAUAUUAUCCUGUGUCAUACUCUCUAUAAAUUGUACUUGUUUAAAAAUAAAAGGAUAAGUAUAUAAGGAGAAUGAUUUAUCUUCCCCUCAGAGCCAGAUUGUGUUCACGAUGCAGUCAGCAGGCACUUUGUAAUUUCCUGUCAGAUUUUCCUUUUUCUUUAUUUUUUUUUCCUUCUGAAACAAGGCCAUCAUCUGUAUAAAGUGCAAUCCGUGUAAUAUUUCUUAAAUAUAUACUGUAUGGCUGUACAAGACCAACUUUAUGAACAAAUAACUCCUGGCUUAUUAAAAGAACAAAGCUUGAAAAAUGUGAA